CGUAAACAACAACAGAAUGCAGUGGGUCCGCCCGAACCUGCAAAAAUAGCUAGCUCACCUCACAAAUUGCUCAGGCUUCUCUCUGUUGACAACACAACAAUAAUGGCUGCCUCUACUGUUAGCCUGCUCCCCUCGGUGGAGCCAUCUCCUACCAGUAGUGACUCUGUUCCAGACAGUUUCUUCCUGGGUCUGGAGGUCUGGGAGGUGGGGCUGGUAGGAGCUAAUACCCUGGCUGUCUUUGUACUGCUGCUCUGCGCUCUGACUGCCACUGUGUGUGUCUGUCGGAGAAAACCACCGCAGAGUUCUGGUGAUGAUCACAAGAUGAUUCCUUUGAAGGAACUAGUGGAAAUUGAAGAAGAUGCUGACAACUCAAACACUGCAGGAGUACCCUUCAGCCGUAUAGUAUUUCAAGAGUUGUUGCACAGAGGGGCUUUCAAGACAGUCCAUCGAGCCAUUAUCAACUGCCCACCAAUAGGACAAGAGGUGGCAGUCAAAAGAUUGAAAGAUAACAGCUCUGAGCUAGGAAAAGAGGAGCUCAAUGUUGAGACAUUCAUACUCCGAUCAAUACGAGACAAGGCUGGUACACACCCAAACGUCGUGUCACUGAUGGGAGUGAGUUCAGGUCCAGGUUCUCCGUGUCUUCUACUGGAGUUUGCUCCCCACGGGACCCUGGACAGAUUCCUCUGGUCUCUGAAGAAGGGACCGGUGCCCCAGUGGUACCUGAAGCACGUCAGGGAGGCCCUCCAGGACCUCUCCUACCACAGACAUGUGGCCUAUGACCUCAUGAGAAUAUCUCUGCAAGUCGCUGAUGGAAUGUGUUUCUUGGCCUCCCAUGGAUUUGUCCACCGGGAUCUCUCUACCAGGAACGUCGUGGUUGGACCUCAGUUGCAGGUGAAGAUCGCCAACCCAGGCAUGUUCCACGAAGGUUACUACUAUCUUGUGACGGAGAGAGAGCAUUUCCUGCAUGACAUGGCCCCCGAAUGCCUCUGGGAAAAGAGAUUUUCUCUCUUCAGUGAUGUUUGGUCAUUUGGAAUCAUGUUGUAUAAGGUUGUUACCCUGGAGACGAACCCUUACCCCGGAGUUCCACCGAGAGAUCUAUAUGACCACAUUGUGAUACACAGGCAGAGGCCCCGCAUUCUCAGCAGCUUCAGCAGCGAGCUCUAUUUCCUACUGCAGAGGUGCUGGCAGGCAAUGCCAACAGACAGACCCACCUUCCCACUCAUCUGCAGUGAGCUCAAGAACCUCAGCUCUGCACCAAACAGACACAUUGUCCUCAAGACCUCCAGGGACGAAUUCACCCCUGGCUAUGUCAGCGACAACGGACAAGUCUUUCUCCACUUUGUCCCCCAUAACUUUUUCCAGCCCGGUCUCUUCCCCGCCAGAAGAUCCAGUAACCCUGUCUCUCCGGCGGAUGAUACGAUAUAUUCUCGAGAGACUGCAGAGUCUCUAGUCUAUUUGGUGUCCUCUGAGGUUGAGAGCACCUACACCACUCGAGAGACGGAAUACGACGACGAGAUACAAGGGCAGAGUCUGUGGGAGAUCGAGACAGAGAGGGAGGGAGAAGAUGGAACUUUGCUGGUGGAAAGGGAAGGAAACGGGAGUGACAGAGAUGGGAGAUGCAGUGAUGAGUCACAUGACGAAAGAAAAGACAAAGAUGGCUCAACAGAAGGGCUAGUUUACUUUUAAAACUGAAAAUAUUUUUCUCUCAAAUAUACGUUUACAGUGCACACACUAUCUAUUAUCAGUAGCCUCCUUGGUCCCCAAAUUUCUGUGCGAUGAGUUCAUUAUAAGGGUUAAUUGGAGGGAUCACCUCAGGGGUAUAGUUACGAUAGAGCUCCCAGGAGAUCUUUGUGUUGAGUUCAUUAGAAAUCUGGUUGGGGUGGAACCCGUCCACGGGCUCAAUCAGUUGCCACGCCUCCCCACCAUGCUCCUCCCAAUACUCAAACACCUGUGGGACUGUAGGAUCGAAAUAGUAAGCCUUGAAAUUCUUGAAAGUUUCGUUGGCGACUAAUUCUUUGAGGGCCUUGUUGAGUUGAAGAGCUCGCUCAGUGGUGUAGUCCCUCCAUGUCUUGUUGCUGUUGAGCCAACCAAAGCAGGGAGAUACAUCGAGACAGUUCAGGUAGUCAUAUACUGUAGAGUAGGUGACAUCAUUAUGGAGGGAACCCAGGGGGUGGGUUCGGUUGUGGAGGGUGUCGUAAAGAAUCCUGCCGUCCACGAGCCCCGUGGCAAGUAGAACGGAGCCAGGGGCAACCUUGGAGUCCACGUAGCGAAACGUCUCCAGGUUUUUUUGGUAGAACUCUGUGGGUGUGGUCAUGUGGGAGGAGUCGUGGUGCCCGUUGCAGACGUCGUUGCCAAUGAGAGCUAACAUGAGGAACACUGGGUUGUCUUUGAGUCCGUCGCGAGCCAAGCUCUUGACGAUUGUGUCUGCCAUAGCACUGGCUCGAGCUCCAUUGACUCCAAUGUUCUGGUAGUCUCUGUGGUUGCAACGGUUGAACUCUCGCAGACGAAGGUAGGUGGAAUCAACUGGACCACUAAUAUCAGGCCAUGUCGAGUUCUUGUAGCCUGUGGAGCUGGACAGCAUCGGCCAGUCAAACUCGUUUUCCAAGAUGAAAAAGAGAUCUUUGAAAGCCUCUUCGCUGAGCUCACUGCUAGUAAACCAGGCCGGGGGGAUAUGGAAAUGUGCCCCUGCACUAUCGCCCAAUAGAACUGUCCCCAUUUGUCCCGUUCCCUCGCACCACUUCUUUUCGUACGUCUCUCCAGUGUCGCCGUCCACGCCGAAGAUUCCGUUACAGUUCGUAUCGAAAACAGCGUCGUCCACCGUCCUACGUCCAGGGUGUACGUCGGCGUCAAAGUCAUUGCAGUCCUUGCCUCUCCACGACGUCCCGCGGAACGUCUGCAAGUCCGAGAAAUAGUCUCCGUCUACGUCGUCCACAGGCAAGUGAUCGUUGCCGAACCUGUCGAGGAGAUCGCAUAUCGGCUUGAUCACGGGAAUUUUGCAGAUAUCUGGGAGAAGAGCCGCGUAGUCUCUCCGCAGAUGAUGUACCCUUUGUUUCGCUGCCGCCACUCUCUGUCGCAGCUCCUCGGCCUCGGAGAUGGCUCCGCGGUGGCGGGAUGGUAGCGGGAAGAGGCGGCACACGUGACCCGUCUCGUUGGUGCAGAUGCCGAGGGUCAGACAAACCACGUCCGGGGUCUCCUUUUUCUCCAGCAGGUUGAUCACGAUGGGACCGUACACGUCCACGAGCGCCGUGCAGGCUCCCUGAAACCCCGACGGGAGAAAGCCGCAGUACUUGGAGAGGGCAUCGUCGAUGGAAAUGUUGUAGAUCUCCGCGAGUUGUUCCACCAGACCAGUGAGGAUGGUGCAGGCCGCGCAGGACACGCCUCCGUUCUGGCCGUUCGUCAGGAAGUGCGGCACUCGCUGGGCGAGGGAGCCCGCUGCCGAGCGAGCAGAGGAGCAGCAAAGUCACCGAGAAGCUACCCAUGAUCUGGGCUACCAAAAAAGCAGAGCAGCACCUGACCAACUUGUGGGUGGG